CCUGGGACCCGCCCACUCACUUGCAGGAAGUAGUCAUGCCGAAGUUCACGUCAAACUCUGGCGCAGGCAAGCUAUUAACUUAAAUACUCGACUGAAUAAAGUGUCUAAAGGUUGAGGUAAACAUAAUAAAACCACAAAAAUGUCCAAAUUUCUUCGAGCAAUCAAAAGCAACAUACCAGAAAAGGACAAAUCGGAAUUAACGGAGAGCGACCUGAAAAAAUGGGGAUUAGAAGCAAUUCAUCUGAGGUCUUAUCAGGUGGAUGGAGUGAGGUGGCUGUCACAGUGUAUGAAGAACCAGCAGGGCUGCAUCCUUGGUGAUGAGAUGGGUCUGGGCAAGACCUGCCAGACCAUUUCUUUGCUGGCAUAUGCUCGGGGAUGCCUUAAGAUGAACGGACCGUUCCUUGUGCUUUGUCCCUUAUCUGUUUUGGAGAACUGGAGACAGGAGUUAGAGCGCUUCUGUCCCAUUCUGUCUGUGAUCUAUUACACUGGGGAUAAAGAAAAAAGGGCAGAGCUCCAGAAAGAGCUCAGGAAUAACCAACACUUCCAUGUCCUUCUCACCACUUAUGAGGUUAGUGCACCUGUUUUCAGUGAAUAG